AUGAGUGCACCAGCUGUUAUUAUUAUGCCUGUCCAGGCCAACGGUGCCGACAACACUCAACAAGACCAUACGAAGUUGGCUUCCGCGAUCCAGCAAACCCUCCAAGAAAACGGCCAUUCAAACGACCAUAACCAGAGAGGACCACUAAAGGAGCUCAUAGCACACCAAGACAGUCUUUACAAGUACAUUAAUUGGGAGGAUCCAGCCCGUACCCUCGGGUCAUACCUCGUUGCUCUAAGCAUCCUGAUUGGAACACACUACCUCCCUCUUACCCAGAUAGCGGUAAAAGGUGGAGCGGUUAUCUUUGGAGUAAUUUCUUUCGCUGAAUUCGUCAGCCGGAAAAUCGGCCCCAACACCUUUCUCUCUCGUCUUCGACCCAAGGAGUACAAAACAAUCCCCGAGCCCGUCCUCAAUGCCACAUUAAGGGAUAUUCAUGACUUUAUCCAGUAUGCUGUCGUUCAAGUGCAAAAGAUUGUCUUUGGACAAGACCUGGGCAAAACCUUUGCCGUUUUCCUCGGCUUCACCGCCUUGUUCUGGCUCAUGAAAGUUGCAACUCCGUUCUCGCUAGCCGUGCUGAGCCUGAGCUCGCUUUAUGUGGCACCCCUUAUCAACUCGUCUCAGGGACGGGCUAUGGCCCAGAAUGCAGCAGCCCAGGGUAAAGAAUUGGCUAGUGCGACCGCUGAGAAAGGAAACUUACUUGCUGAAGAUAGCAAAGCGAAGGCAAUGGAGUUAUCUUCCAAGGCCCGCGAGACCACUGGGGGUGUGCAACAGCGGGUUAAGGGCAUGGCUCAAAACGGAAAGCAAACUGUCAAUGAGCUUUCUAACCAGGCCAAUGAGCGUGCCGCAGAUGUAUCUCGUACCUUUGCUGAAAAUGGUGAAAACCUGAGGGAUAUAGGCGUCGAUGCCAUCCGCAAGGCUCCAAGCACCGCAGAGGGGAGUUCGGGUGACGCGGAGCAGUAUACUCAUCGAUCCGCCCCAAGCACCCUUGAUAGGGGCCAUGCUGAUUACAGCGACAACUCUGCUUGCAAAUUACCAAUGGAUACGGCCACCAAUAGGCUCGAUGCCAACGCCCCCACGAUGAACGAUAUCCUCGAUUUCUUGCCCGUCCCUACGCUUGUGGUCUCAUCGUCGUAUCGCAUACAGAGAGCCUCAACUGGCUUACUAGUGGCGUGGGGUCGCAGUCGUGAAAAGCUUAUCGAUCAAGACCUCUUUAUUGCUCUUUAUCAGGGCUCGCCGACCGAAAGAUUCGAUCGCAUUCCCUUCGUCCACGCCAUCGAGACGGCUAUUGCGGCUCGGAAUCUCCGUCUGUGCCAUGCGGCCUAUGUUGCGAACGGUAUUUCUUGGACUGCGCGCAUUACUCCUGUCCACAGAGAAGACGAACUGCAGUGCCUAAUCUUGGAAUGGGAGAAGGCCGUAACCCACACCACAGUUGCCGAUGGUGGAAUAACACAGAGCUGGCUGCCUACUGAUGACGCCUUCCGCAUCCUCGUCCAAGCUGUUAAGGAUUAUGCCAUCUUCCUACUCGAUGCCCGCGGAAAUAUAAUGACCUGGAAUACCGGAGCAGAGCUAAACAAGGGUUAUAAGAAGGAAGAAAUCAUCGGCAAGCACUUCUCAACUUUCUAUGGCAAGGAAGAUAUCCAGUCUAGGAAGCCCGAGAGAGAACUCGAGAUUUGCUUGCGUGAGGGCAGGGUGGAAGAUGAGGGCUGGCGCUACCGCAAGGAUGGCAGUAGGUUCUGGGCUAACGUGGUCAUCACGGCCAUCUACAAGGACGAUAUCCACGUUGGUUUCGGCAAGGUUACCCGAAACCUCACUGAGCGAAAAGAGGCAGAAUUGCGGCUGACUGCUGCUUACGAGGAGAGCGCAAAGUUGAAGAAUGACUUUCUAGCAAACAUGAGUCACGAGAUCCGUACCCCGAUGCAUGGUGUGCUCUCUGCUUGCUCCCUACUUCAAGACAGUCACCUAACGGAGGACCAGCGGGAAACAGCCAAUAUAAUCCAAGAGUCUGGCCAAGUCCUGCUGCGGAUUAUUAAUGAUAUCCUCGACUACUCUAAGAUUGCAGUAGGCAGUUUUCCGAUUCAGAAUGACAGGCUUAAUAUCGCAAAGGUGGUCACAUCGGUUGUGCGUACUAUGCAGACCACUGUACAACCGGGAGUAUCCCUGAGACUGAUCCUGUCACCAAACUUGCCAGAGUGGGCAGGAGGGGAUCCUUUGAGGUGCCGCCAAGUCGUUGAGAACAUUGUCAACAAUGCCGUAAAGUUUACCGAGAAGGGGUACAUUUUGGUGAGCGUAUCACUACUCGAGGAAAACACGGCUACUCAUACGAUCCUGACUGAGGUCUGUGACACUGGACAUGGUGUGACAGAGGAUGACGCAGGGAAACUGUUCAUGCCGUUCACGCAACUUGAUACUACAUAUCAGAAACGUCGCCCAGGGACUGGACUCGGAUUAUCCAUCGCAAAAUCACUCACUGAGCUAUUGGGUGGGAGUAUUGGAUACAAACCUAACCCAGAACGGCUGGGCAGUAUCUUUUGGUUCUCGUUCAAGCUUAAGAAGUUCAACGGCCUUCAGCAGGCCCAAAGUGUCGGCGCUCUGUCAGAUUCUUGCAGCGAACUGCCGCAACAGGUGGUUUCAUAUGGCGAGGAUCUUGCAGCGCAGCUGACACAGUUGGCGAAGAUCUCACGGACGAAGCGGAUCCUUGCCGCCGAGGACAAUAUCAUCAACCAAAAAGUCCUGGUCGGAAUGCUGCAUGGAUUUGGAUUCCAGCACAUCACCGUUGUCUCGGACGGUGCCCAGGCCGUCUCAUCACUGUCUGCGGCGGCCGAUGCCUUUGACUUAAUACUCAUGGAUAUCAGUAUGCCGGUCAUGAAUGGUUAUGAGGCGACGGUUCAGAUGCGAAAUAGUGGCGUAUGUCUACCUAUAAUCGCCAUGACCGCAUAUGCGCUAAAAGGAGAUAUGGAGCGCUGUUUGGAAAAAGGCAUGAAUGACUACAUCACAAAACCAAUGAAUAGACAACUACUCAUGAAGAAGUUGCUGAAGUGGCUUAUAUGUCCGGGCGAUAUACUACAGGCUAUCACUCCCGUUGUAGAGCGGUAG